UUGUAAUUUGUAAAGAGCACAAAACCAGAACCUUCUUUUCUUCGCUGUGGGUCUCUCUUUCUGUAUCUGAUGUCCUUGUACAUUGAUUUUCUCUCCUCCCUUCUCUACACUGAAAAUAUCUAGGCAAAGACACUGUCUCUGUGUGGUAGUGUAUUGAAUUCCCAGUCAAGUUUUCACGUUUUUUUUUUCCUUCAUUUGUUAACAUUAUAGGAUAAGUUUAGAGGUUCUUGGAUUCCUGGAAGCCCACUAUAGAAGCAAAGGGGUAGCCUCCUGAGUAUCGAGAUAGUAAAAGACCAAUCUUUCCCACAGGUUUCAAUGGGAGGAUCCCAAACCAAGGCACCAACUUCAUUUUCCGUCAUUUUCUUGCUGUUUCUCACGGUGUCAUGUCUCUUCACAACACUGGGAGCCCAGCAGCAGUCACCCAUUAAGACCAUAGUGGUGUUGGUGAUGGAAAAUAGAUCCUUUGAUCACAUGGUUGGGUGGAUGAAGAAAUCCAUUAAUCCAGCAAUCAAUGGGGUGACAGGGGAUGAAUGCAAUCCCGUUUCGACAAAAAAUCCAAACCCAGAAUCCAUCUGCUUCACUGAUGAUGCCGAGUUUGUGGAUCCGGAUCCAGGUCACUCUUUUGAAGCUGUGGAGCAACAGGUAUUUGGCUCUGCCGUCAUUCCUUCCAUGUCUGGCUUUGUGGAACAAGCAUUGUCAUUGUCUCAGAACCUCUCUGAGACUGUCAUGAAAGGUUUUAGGCCUCAGGCUGUGCCAGUUUAUGCUGCUCUUGUAAAGGAAUUUGCACUCUUUGAUAGGUGGUUUUCUUCAAUUCCUGGCCCAACACAGCCCAAUAGGUUAUUUGUGUAUUCUGCUACUUCUCAUGGCUCAACAAGUCAUGUUAAGAAGCAGUUGGCUCACGGCUACCCCCAAAAAACCAUCUUUGAAUCACUUCAUGAGAAUGGUAAGGACUUCGGUAUUUAUUUCCAAAACAUACCCACAACUUUGUUCUAUAGAAAUCUGAGAAAAUUGAAGUAUGUAUUCAAAUUUCAUCAGUUUGAUUUAAAAUUUAAGAAAGAUGCUAGGAAAGGUAAACUUCCGAGCUUAACUGUUAUCGAGCCAAGAUAUUUUGAUCUUAAGGGAUUGCCUGCAAAUGAUGACCAUCCAUCCCAUGAUGUUGCCAGUGGGCAAAAGCUUGUCAAGGAGGUGUAUGAGACAUUGAGAGCAAGUCCUCAAUGGAAUGAGACCCUUUUGGUUAUUACUUAUGAUGAGCAUGGUGGGUUCUAUGAUCAUGUCAAGACUCCUUAUAUCAAUGUCCCCAACCCAGAUGGAAACACUGGCCCUGCUCCUUCUUUCUUCAAGUUUGACAGGCUUGGUGUCCGUGUGCCGACAAUCAUGGUCUCUCCUUGGAUCAAGAAAGGCACUGUGAUAAGUGGUCCAAAGGGACCUACUCCAAACUCUGAAUUUGAGCACUCAUCCAUCCCUGCAACAGUAAAGAAAAUGUUCAACCUGUCCUCCAACUUCUUGACUCACAGAGAUGCUUGGGCUGGCACUUUUGAGGAGGUUGUUGCGGGGUUGACCUCUCCCAGAACUGAUUGCCCAGUGACACUGCCAGAUGUAGCACCUUUGAGGACAACAGAAGCUAAAGAAGAUGCUGGUCUCUCUGAAUUUCAAAGUGAGGUAGUUCAACUAGCUGCGGUUCUUAAUGGUGAUCACUUCUUGAGUAGCUUCCCUGAUGAGAUGGGCAAGAAGAUGAGCGUGAAAGAAGCUCAAGAGUAUGUGAAAGGAGCAGUUUCACGAUUUAUAAGAGCAAGCAAAGAGGCAAUCAAGUUGGGAGCAGAUGAAUCUGCCAUUGUAGAUAUGAGAUCAUCACUUACAACUAGAUCUUCAAUCCACAACUAGUUGAAUCUUCUCCCCUCCAUUAAUAUCUAUCGGCCUCUAUCUCUUACAUGUUAUAGAAUUUUAUUCUCUCAUUAAAUUUAUCAAGUAAUAUGCAAUAAAUCUAGGUAUUUUUGUGAAAAGAAGUGUGUCUGAAUUAUAAAUGUGUAAUGAUAUCUCCUUAUGCUGUGGAGGUGAUGAAAGUUCCAGUGUCAAAGCCCCUUCUGUAAAUAACUGCUUAAGGGCUACUUCAAUUUGUAGAAGUAAAAGGGUUUGUGCCAAAAUUAUAGAAUCCACCUUUGCUCUUUGAA